AUGUGGGUUGUGGAGAAAAUCUUGAGGUUGUUAACAGACAACUUCGAGAAUGUUGUAUAUGCCAAGGAAGAAUCGAAGGACCUAGCAAAGUUCGAUGAGCUCGUCGGUUCUCUCGAGGCACACGAGCAACGUAAGAGAAAGAAGGAGGAGCUACUCGAUCAAGCGCUCCAGACGAAGGUAGAGGUCGUGGAAACUGUGGGAAUGGUCGAGGUGGUUAAGACAACAGUUACGAAAAAAUCUAUAAUGAGAAGAGACUAUCGAGUAAGAAAAUUGGUGUGGGAGAGGGACGUAGUCGAGGAAGAGGCGGCCAAUCAAACAUUCAGUGGUAUAAAUGUCAGAAAUAUGAUCACUAUGCAAAUAACUGUAACUCCGACAAAUGUUAAAAUUGUGGUAAAAUGGGGCACGUUGCAAAAGCAUGUCGAGCCGGAAAAAAAGGUGGAAGGAACAACCAACCUAGCCGUGGAAGAUGUAACAGAUGAAGGUCUUAUUUUGAUGGCUCAAGAUGAAGAGAACUUCAACAGCAACACUCUGUGGUACCUCGACUCAGGGGCAAGCAACCAUAUGUGCGGUCACGAGCACCUAUUCAAAGAAAUGCAAAAAAUUGAAGAUGGUCAUGUGUCAUUUGGAGAUGAGUCAAAGGUGGAGUUCAAAAGCCGAGAUACGAUACACUUUUUGCAAAAGGAUGGUGUGAUGGGGUCAAUCCAAAAUGUUUAUUACAUACCAGACCUCAAGACCAACAUAUUGAGUAUGGGGCAACUCACAGAGAGGUUACUCGAUAUUCCUAAAGGACCGCCUGCUACACCUGAAGAAUAA